AUGCCUAGAGAGCGGCCUUUCCGCAUGCCCGGCGCCCGUGGCGGUGGCGGUGGUGGCGGCGGCGGGGACAUCACGGUGCACGUCGAAUAUCUGGCGCGCACCCUGAUGCAGAAGCAGGAGGGCGUGGCGGCGGAGGAGCAGCACCGGGCCAUGGCGACCAGCCACCGGCUGUCCCGCGUCCCCCUCCACCUCCGCAACAACAACGCCAAGGACUACACGCCGGGGUUCGUCGCCAUCGGCCCGCUCCACAGCCGCGAGGACCGGCGCCUCCGCCCCGCCGAGCGGCUCAAGGUGGCGUACCUCAACAGCCUCAUCUCCCGCGGCCACCCCGACACGGCGCAACACCUCGCCGUCAUCCAGGGGUACAUCCGCGUCGUCGCCGCCCGCGAGCAGGAGGCCCGGGCGAUGUACGUCGGGGAGGACGUCGCCGAGAUUCCCCCUGAUGAGUUCAUCCAGAUGAUGGUGCUCGACGGCUGCUUCAUCAUCGAGCACCUCAUCAACGUCGCCACGGGCCACGAGGAGCCGUCGCUGCACGCCACGCCCUUCGGCCCCGCGCAGCUCUCCGUCGACCUCGUCCUCGCCGAGAACCAGAUGCCCUUCUUCGUACUCGUUGAUCUCAUCGCCAGCACCAAGCUGCCGGAGUUCGAGGCCACCGGGUACCCCGCGCCGGUGCUGCUCGUGAAGCUCGUGCUGUACUACCUCGCCGGCGAGAAGGGCCGCGACAUGAGCGAGGAGCUGCCGCCGGCCGAGGGGGUCUCCCACGUCCUGCACCUGCUCCACGCGAUGAUCACCGCGGCGCGGACACGGUGGGAGCCGCCGCCCCGCACCAUCCAGGACGGCGCGGUGAUAGAGACGGCACAGGAGGCGGCACGGCUGCUGCGCCGUAUCCCGCUGCUGCUGUUCGUGCCGCUGCUGUACCCGAUCCUCCCCGAGGACAAGAAGUGGAGCGCGAGCUACGGGAAGGAAGACGUGCCGGCGGCGAGCGACCUGAAGCGCAUGGGUGUGCAGUUCAAGAAGGCGCGCGCCGGCAGCGGGAGCAAGGCGGUGGCCGGCAUCGCGUCGGUGCUGGGGCCCGUGCCGCUCGCGGUGAAGCUGACGCAGCACGAGGACCGGCUCCACCUCCCCCAGCUCCGGGUCGAGUUCCGCACGGCGCCGCUGCUGCUGAAUCUGAUGGCGUUCGAGCAGUCGGCGUCGGCGUCGAUGAAGACGCCGAUGGACGUGUCGGCGUACGUGUGCUUCAUGGCGAAGAUGGUGCAGUCGGCGGAGGACGCGGGGGUGCUGGCGGCGGCGGAGGUGGUGCAGCAGCACGGCGGCGCGGGCAACGAGACCAAGGAGGCCGUGGCGAGGUUCUUCCGGACGAUGGGCGUCGCGAGCGAGGCGGCGGCCGGCGGCGAGCUGCUGGUGACGAGCUACCUCUGCGUGCUGCUGGAGAAGCUGCGGGAGCGGAGCCGCCACCCGCUGUACGUCAUGUGGGCCGACGUGCAGCGGAACUACUUCACGCUGCCGUGGGCCGUCGUCAUCGAGGUCGUCGCGCUCGUCACCUUCGUCUCCACCAUGGUCCAGACCUACACCUCCGUCAAGUACCACAGCUGA